AUGACGGCGGCGCCUGAAGAGAAGGAGCGCGGCCGCGCGGGUGGUUAUGGGAAAGCAGCAGGGACUUCCGGCGGAAGUGGAGGGCCCCCCCCCGCGCUGCGGCGCCGGCGGCUGCUGCUGCUGCUCAACCCGUUUGGGGGGCGGGGCCGCGCGCUGCGCUGGUGCCAGAGCCACGUGCUGCCCGUGCUCAGCGAGGCCGACAUCGCCUUCAACCUGCUGCAGACAGGUGGGGGGGUCUGGGGGGGGUCCUGGGGGGUCCUGGGGGGUUAUUUGGGGGGUUAUUUGGGGGGUUAUUUGGGGGUUUCGGGGGGUUAUUUGGGGGUUUCGGGGGGUUAUUUGGGGGUCCUGCCCGUGCUGGGCGAGGCCGACAUCGCCUUCAACCUGCUGCAGACAGAACGUCGGAACCACGCGCGGGACCUGGUGGCGACGCUGGCGCUGGAGCAGUGGGACGGGAUCGUCACCGCGUCGGGGGAUGGGCUCAUCUACGAGGUGGUGAACGGGCUCCUGCGGCGGCCGGACUGGGAGGCGGCGCUGGGGACGCCCCUGGGGGUGCUGCCCUGCGGCUCCGGCAACGCGCUGGCGGCCACGCUCAACUGGCACGCCGGGCUGUCCCCGGCGCUGGGCGUGCCGCUGCUGCAGAACCUGUGUGUGCUGCUGUGCCACGCGGCGCCGCGCCCGCUGGACCUGCUGUCGGUGACCACGGCGUCGGGCGCGCGCGUGGCCGCCGUGCUGGGCGUGGCCUGGGGGCUGGUGGCCGACGUGGACGUGGUGACCGAGCGGCUGCGCGCGCUGGGCCCCGCGCGCUUCCUGCUGGGCGCCGUCACCCGCCUGCUCACCAUGAACACCUACCGGGGCCGCCUGUCCUACCUGCCCGCGCGGCCCGCGGACACCGGCACCGGCACCGGCACCCGCGGGGUCACCCGCAGCGUCACCUGCGAUGGCAUCUGCACCAGCGAUGGCACCCACGGUGUCACCUCCGAUGGCACCGCCAGCGUCACCUGCGGUGUCACCCGCAGCGUCACCUGCGAUGAGAUCUGCACCAGCGAUGGCACCCACAGCGUCACCCGCGACAGCACCGGCAACAGCGAUGACACCCACAGCGUCACCCGCGGUGUCACCCGCAACAGCACCGGCAACAGCGAUGGCACCCACAGUGUCACCCGCGGUGUCACCCGCAGUGUCACCUGUGAUGGCAUCUGCACCAGCCAUGGCACCCACAGUGUCACCCGUGACAGCACCAGCAAUGGCACCGGCAGCGUCACCCGCGGUGUCACCUGUGAUGGCAUCUGCACCACUGAUGGCACCCAUGGUGUCACCUCUGAUGGCACCAGCAGCGUCACCCGCGGUGUCACCCGCAGCGUCACCUGCGAUGGGAUCUGCACCAGCGAUGGCACCCACAGCGUCACCCACGACAGCACCGGCAACAGCGAUGGCACCCACGGUGUCACCCACGGUGUCACCCGCAACAGCACCGGUAACAGCGAUGGCACCCACAGUGUCACCCGCGGUGUCACCCGCAGCGUCACCUGCGAUGGGAUCUGCACCAGUGAUGGUACCUGCGGUGUCACCUGCAGCAUCACCCGCGACGGCACCAGCAACAGCGAUGGCACCCACAGUGUCACCCAUGAUGGCACCGUCACCCAUAGUGUCACCCGCAGUGUCACCCACAGCGUCACCUGCGAUGGUAUCUGCAGCGUCACCCACAAUGGCACCGGCGAUGGCACUCAUGGUGUCACCCGCAGCAUCACCUGCGAUGGUAUCUGUGAUGUCACCCAUGAUGUCACCUGCAGUGUCACCCACAGCGUCACCUGCGAUUUCACCUGUGGUGUCACCCGUGAUGUCACCAGGGACGUCACCCACAGUGUCACCAAGGUCCCGCUGCCGCGCGCCGUGUCCGACCUGGGGCUGUGCCGGGGGGGACAGGACCCUGGGGACAGUCCUGGGCUUGGGGACAGUUUGAGGCUUGGGGACAAUUCUGGGCUUGGGGACAAUUCAAGGCUUGGGGACAGUUCUGAGCUUGGGGACGAUUCUGGGUUUGGGGACAACUCAGACUUAAGGGACAACCCUGGCCUUGGGGACACCCCCAGACCUGAUGUCCCCAAGUCCCCCGGUGUCACCUUGACCCCUGGUGGCACCCCCAGUGUCACCUCAACCCUUGGGGACACCCCAAGACCUGGUGUCCCCAAGGUCCCUGUUGUCCCCUUCACCCCUGGGGACACCCCAAGACCUGAUGUCCCCAAGGCCCCCGGUGUCCCCUUGACCCCUGGUGACCCCCCCAGUUCCACCGCCCCCAAGUCCCUUGGUGUCACCUCCACCCCUGGGGCCACCCCAAGACCUGAUGUCCCCAAGGCCCCCGGUGUCACCUUGACCCCUGGUGACCCCCCCAGUUCCACCGCCCCCAAGGUCCCCAGUGUCACCUCCACCCCUGGGGCCACCCCAAGACCUGACGUCCCCAAGUCCCCUGAUGUCCCCUUGUCCCCUGGUGCCCCCCCCAGCGCCAAGGCCACCCCGCCCCCCCCCGGCGGCCCCAUAGACGACCUGCUGCCCCCGCUGGGGACGCCGCUGCCCCCGGGCUGGGUGACCCUGGAGGGCGACUUCGUGCUGGUGCUGGCGCUGUCCCUGUCCCACCUGGGGGCCGAGCUGGUGGCCGCCCCCCGCGCCGCCCCCCAGGACGGGCUGAUCCACCUGUGCUACGCGCGGGGGGGGGUGACGCGGGGGGCGCUGCUGCGGGUGCUGCUGGCGGGGGGGGGAGGGGACGGCGGCGUCCCCCGCGGCGUCACCCGCGUCCCCGCGCGCGCCUUCCGCAUCGAGCCCCUCACCCCCCGCGGGGUCCUCACCGUGGACGGCGAGCGCGUGGAGUACGGGCCGCUGCAGGGGCAGAUCCACGCGGGGGCCGCCAGGCUCUUGUCACCUCCCCCGCCCUAGUGUCCCCAAGGGUCCCCAGGGGUCCCCGAGGUGAUAGGGGACACCCCAAGGGACAUGGGACCAAAGGGGACAGGGGACAAGGGGACACAGGACGGGUUGGUCCAGGGGCAGAUCCACGCGGGGGCCGCCAGGCUCUUGUCACCUCCCCCGCCGUAGUGUCCCCAAGGGUCCCCAAGUGUCCCCGAGGUGAUAGGGGACACCCCAAGGGACAUGGGACCAAAGGGAACAGGGGACAAGGGGACACAGGACGGGUUGGUCCAGGAGCAGAUCCAUGUGGGGGCCGCCAGGCUGUUGUCACCUCCCCCAGCGUAGUGUCCCCAAGGGUCCCCAAGUGUCCGCAAGGGUCCCCAGGGCAAUAGGGGACACCCCAAUGGACAUGGGACCAAAGGGGACAGGGGACAGGGGACACAGGACAGGCCGGUCCAGGGGCAGAUCCACGCGGGGGCCACCAGGUUGUUGUCACCUCCCCCGCCCUAGUGUCCCCAAGUGUCCCCAGGGGUCCCCGAGUGUCCCCAGGAGUCCCCAAGGCAAUAGGGGACACCCCAAGGGACAUGGGACCAAAGGGGACAGGGGACAUGGGGGCACAGGAUGUGCCAGUGCGGGGGCAGAUCCAUGUUGGGGCAGCCAGGCGGUUGUCACCUCCCCCAGCGUAGUGUCCCCAAGUGUCCCCAAGUGUCCCCAGGGCAAUAGGGGACACCCCAAGGGACAUGGGACCAAAGGGGACAGGGGACAAGGGGACACAGGACGGGCCGCUGCAGGGGCAGAUCCACACGGGGGCCGCCAGGCUCUUGUCACCUCCCCCGCCGUAGUGUCCCCAAGGGUCCCCAAGUGUCCCCGAGGUGAUAGGGGACACCCCAAGGGACAUGCGACCAAAGGGGACAGGGGACAAGGGGACACAGGACAGGCUGGUGCAGGGGCAGAUCCAUGUGGGGGCCACCAGGCUCUUGUCACCUCCCCCAGCGUAGUGUCCCCAAGGGUCCCCAAGGGUCCCCAGGGCAAUAGGGGACACCCCAAGGGACACAGGAACUCAAGGGGAUGGGGGACACAGAGGACAGAGCCACGGGGUGGUGACAGCUCUAUUGUCACCUCCCCCCUGUGACAAUGUCCCCAAGGGGAUGGGGACACCCAAGGGACAGGGGGAUAUGGGGACCAAUGAUGGGGUGUCCCUGGGUGUCCCCAAGGGGACAGGAGACACCCCAGGGGACACGGGAACCAAAGGGGACGGGGGCACACGGGACAGAGCCACGGGGUGGUGACACAACUAUUGUCACCUCCCACCCUUGACAAUGUCCCCAAGGGUCCCUGAGUGUCCCCAAGGGACAGGGGGAUAUGGGGACCAAUGACGGGGUGUCCCCAAGUGUCCGAGUGUCCCCAAGUGACCCCCAUGGUGACACGUUCCCCACAGGGUCCCCGUCACCCACCCCCAUGUCCCCAAGGUGACACUGAGACCCCCAGACUGGAAGGGACCCAGGCGUCCGGUUGUGUCCCCCCCGCCCCACCCCGGACGCCUGGGUCCCCUGCGGGGCGGGGGGAGGGGUACGGCGGCGUCCCCUCCCCCGCUGCAAUAAACCCCCUCCCAGUCGCUCCCAGUUCAUCCCA